ACGGAACGUUUUGACGUGCGGCACGGGCACAAGAGAAAAGUAUUAAACCCUGAUGGAACGGUGACGUCCCGUUGACAUUGAUGGAAGCUGAUGUAUCGUCUGAAUCGUCCUUCAAUCAGUACAAAAUGUGGAUGUCAUCACGAAUACUGAUUAUUUACUAAAGAGGCUAAAAAGUGUUGUUUUAUUGUGGUCAUCGUAAGUAUUUUUGUGAAUUGGCACUAAUUAAAAUAACAAUAUUGUUGAACGAUCUUGUAUAUCAAACAUAACUUGCCUUUAUACAAUGUAGUGUCCACGAUGACCAUUCCUUCAGUUACAUCAAAACGUUUAGUUUUGCGGCUAUAUCGAGAUCUUUGCCGGUACGGCUCACAACUUCAGUUCACAGAUCGCGAAUAUUUUCUGCAACGUGUUCGACGCGAGUUUGAUCAGAAUCGAAACGUGACCGACUUAAAGGAAAUUGAAUUUUGUUAUAAGAGAGGACGCACCUUGCUAGAACAAGCCCGAGUAAUAUAGUAAUAUGUUUUCAGUAAGAAUUAUAGCCCCUAAAAUUCAAACGAUACACCUCGCAAUUUGCCGCCCUAAAACCACAAUUGACACGUCCCGGGUUCCUA